UUUCUAUGAACAUUUUCAAAGAAACUUCCCCACAAACAAAUAGUUACAAAGUACAAAUUAUUUUUUAAACAAAUUACUAUCGUUUGUAGUUCAUAUUUUUGGUUAAUUAUUCACGUGACAAAAUAUCAGCCAAUCAACUGCAUGAUGUGUAAACUUCAGUGAAUUUAGAAAUCUUUAUGCCAGUCAUGAAAAGAAGAAUCAUUUCAAAGUAAUAGCAAGGAAUAGAAGAAAUUGAUGAAAUGUCGUUCCCUAAGACUAUAACACUCCGUAUUCAAUCUCCGGAAGGGACGAAACGAAUUGAAAUUAAGACGUCAGAUACGACAUGCCAAUUAUACGAACGUGUUCAUUCCACAUUCGAUUUAAAUAGCUUCGCCUUCGCACUCUACAAGCAGAAAAACCAAAAGGACGAGAUUGCUAGUAGUAAAUCAAAGACGUUGAAAACCGUCGGUUUAUGCCAUGGGGACAUGCUAUAUUUAACCCCCGUGAACGGGGCAAUUGUAUUUUCUCAGCCCUCGACUAGCGCAACCCAGAACAACAAACCGUCUGGCGAACCCGCCACUACGUCUGACACAAACUUGAGAGCGUCUGCAAGCGGAUCAUCAAGGAGCAUCAAAGAGGACGAGGUGGACUUGCAGCUCGCGAAGCUCGACGGGAAAAUCCAGAGAAAGCGCGACGAUAAGCUAUGUCGUCACAAUGCCAACUCACGCUGUGUUCAUUGCUCACCGUUGGAGGCGUACGACGAGGUCUAUCUACGCGAGCAAAAUAUAAAGCAUCUGUCUUUCCAUUCGUACCUUCGUAAAUUGACGUCCGGCGUCGAUCAGGGGAAGUUUGUCGCGUUGGAGGAUACCUCGUGUCGCAUUAAGAACGGGUGCAAGGAGCAUCCGCCGUGGCCAAAGGGAAUUUGUUCUAAGUGUCAACCGAAUGCCAUUACUCUUAAUCGUCAGGCAUACAGGCAUGUAGAUAAUAUACAAUUCGAAAACACGCAACUGGUAGAGAGAUUUUUAAAUUAUUGGCGUACAACAGGUCACCAAAGAAUUGGAUUUUUAUACGGAAAUUACGAAAUACACACUGAUGUGCCUUUAGGAAUUAGAGCGAACGUUUCUGCAAUAUACGAACCUCCGCAGGAGAGCAGUCGACAUUCGAUACAAUUGCUUCCGGACGAGAACGAAGAAUUAGUUAAUCAAAUCGCGUUAGCGUUAGGUCUGAGGCGGGUCGGAUGGAUAUUUACAGAUCUGCUUGCGGAAGACGUUAAGAACGGCACGGUUAAGCACACGAGGAGCGCCGCUACGUAUUUCUUAUCGGCGCAGGAGUGUAUCAUGGCGGGUCACUAUCAAAAUCUUCAUCCGAAUCCUUGUAAGUUUGCGAGUAGCGGGAUUUACGGCUCGAAAUUUGUUACGGUGUGUGUAACGGGUGAUAAAAGUUUCCAAGUGCACAUGGAGGGGUAUCAAGUGUCCAAUCAGUGUAUGGCGCUGGUACGUGAUAACUGUCUGUUGCCGACUAAGGAUGCCCCCGAAUUAGGAUAUGUUCGAGAGUCUUCAGAAAAGCUGUACGUCCCAGAUGUUUAUUACAAGGAAAAUGAUACCUACGGCAAUGAAGUGUCACGAUUGGGUCGUCCGUUACCAGUGGACUAUCUCCUAUUAGAUGUACCGGCGUCGACGCCCUUAACUCCGCUGUACACAUUCAACUCGGAUACGUCAAAGAAAUUCUUCCCAGUAGAAAAUAGAUUCGUGGACGGACACAUUCAGGAUUUUAACGCUUUGACUCAGUACAUGUCGCAGUUUUCGCCGAACGAAUUCCUGGUCGCCGUUAGCGAUUUUCAUUUACUCAUCUACAUAGCAACUAUGGAAACGCUACCGAUGUUAGAAUAUAUGGGUCCUCUUUUGGAUGCGAUAAGAACUAGGGACGCGAGCGCCGCCUUGGAAUGGUCCAAGUCGGAGCAUUGGGCUACCGUCGAACAACUUAUUGCAGCUACAAACUCGCCGCUGCCAAAUUCAAGAUCUGGUAGUGCAGGAUCACCAAACACGUCGGCAACGCCCGGCUCGUCAAGUGGAGCACAGUGGACGUGUCCUUUUUGUACGUUUCUAAAUCCUGCCGAAGUUCACAGCUGCGAAAUGUGCAACUUACCUCGAUCUAUGCCCCAUUGAGUUUUGUCAGUAAGAUGGCACAAAAUCCGCUUUGUAAUUGUAUGAUUACAGGUUCUCCGAAUGUCACAUUAUCCGGGAUUUGUUUUUCAACACUUAGUGAAUUUUAGUUUUGGCUUUGAUAUUUAUUAACGCAAUCUAGCAAUUUCUAAAUAUAUUGUUCCACUAUGAUUUUUUAAUUAUUGUAUUUCAUUAUUUUUUUAAAUUUUUUAUUCGACAGCGCAAACGUUUGGGUAACCUAAUUGAAUCCAUUGAAUUUGUAACAAACUUUUCUACAUUUUGGCAAACUAAAUUUGCGUCUUAAACGUGACAGUUGUGAAUUGAAUUGUAAAAUGUAUGGUGGAGUGAAAGCAAAUAAAAAUGUUAAAACUC